AUGUCGGUUAGUGCGAGAUCCACUGAUGCUGAGGAGAGGAGCGUCAACAGCAGCACCAUGGUAGCUCAACAGAAGAACCUUGAAGGCUAUGUGGGAUUUGCAAAUCUCCCAAAUCAAGUAUACAGAAAAUCAGUGAAGAGAGGAUUUGAAUUUAUACUUAUGGUAGUAGGUGAAUCUGGAUUGGGAAAGUCAACGUUAAUCAACUCGUUAUUCCUCACAGAUUUGUACUCUCCAGAGUAUCCCGGUCCUUCCCAUAGGAUAAAAAAGACUGUACAAGUGGAACAAUCCAAAGUUUUAAUCAAAGAAGGUGGAGUUCAGUUACUGCUCACAAUAGUUGAUACCCCAGGAUUUGGAGAUGCAGUGGAUAAUAGUAAUUGCUGGCAGCCUGUUAUCGAUUACAUUGAUAGUAAAUUUGAGGACUACCUAAAUGCAGAAUCUCGAGUGAACAGACGCCAGAUGCCUGACAACAGAGUGCAGUGUUGUUUAUACUUCAUUGCUCCUUCAGGACAUGGACUUAAACCACUGGAUGUUGAGUUUAUGAAGCGCUUACAUGAAAAAGUGAAUAUCAUCCCACUCAUUGCCAAAGCAGACACACUCACGCCAGAGGAGUGCCAACAGUUUAAAAAGCAGAUAAUGAAAGAAAUCCAAGAACAGAAAAUUAAAAUAUAUGAAUUUCCAGAAACAGAUGAUGAAGAAGAAAAUAAGCUUGUUAAAAAGAUAAAGGACCGUUUACCUCUUGCUGUGGUAGGUAGUAAUACUAUCAUCGAAGUUAAUGGCAAAAGGGUAAGAGGAAGACAGUAUCCUUGGGGUGUUGCUGAAGUUGAAAAUGGUGAACAUUGUGAUUUUACAAUUCUAAGAAAUAUGUUGAUAAGAAUGCACAUGCAGGACUUGAAAGAUGUCACUAAUAAUGUACACUAUGAGAACUACAGAAGCAGAAAACUGGCAGCUGUGACUUAUAAUGGAGUUGAUAACAACAAGAAUAAAGGGCAGCUUACAAAGAGCCCUUUGGCACAAAUGGAAGAAGAAAGAAGAGAGCAUGUAGCCAAGAUGAAGAAGAUGGAGAUGGAGAUGGAGCAGGUGUUUGAGAUGAAGGUCAAAGAAAAAGUUCAGAAAUUGAAGGACUCUGAAGCUGAGCUCCAACGGCGUCAUGAGCAAAUGAAAAAGAAUUUGGAAGCACAGCACAAAGAAUUAGAGGAAAAACAUCGUCAGUCUGAGGAUGAGAAAGCAAACUGGGAAGCU